UUAGUCGUAGUCUUGCACAGGAUCUCUAUCUUCCUCUCUUUCUCUCUCUUUCUUGUUGACCAUCUGCCAGCGGACAGCCACGCAGUGUACUACAGCCCCGACCAUGCUCGCCCUACUGUCAUGGCGGUACGGCCGCUUCCUGCCCCUCGCCGUCCUCAUCUUUCUCGCCAGCAUAUUCCUCCUCAUCGACAGCUCGGCUUCCUCAGAAUCCACCCUGCCCAGAGCAUCAAUAUACGACUACACAUCUCCUGCCACCCACUGCUUCUGGCCCGCCGACAACGCCAGUAGCGCAGGUGCUGCGAGUGCGCAGUUGAAAGGGGUAGCAGGGAAAGGGACCGUCGGAAAGGUGAAGCAGUGGAUGGGCUGGCAAGAUGGAGACGAGGUGGACGAGGACGUGGCAGAGAUGGAGGAUACGCCAGAGGGACAUGGGUUUGCCUGGGACGGCCAAUUACCGGAUGUCGUGCCCGUCAGCGGCAUCGAACGGUACAUGAUUGCCCAUAUCGAGGAGCUUCAAAGUGGCUACGAUGCGGAGCACGACUUCAAAGAAUACGGGCUGAAGCUUGGGAAUAUCUCUCUAUCAGCGUAUACUUCCGAGCUCUUGCAGAUAUAUAGAGAAUUCCUGGUUCCUCCUGGUACACCGCCCCCAGUCCCGCCCCCGGCCUUCCUCCCUGCGGUGCUUUCCCGUUUGUCCCUCAGACCUCCUAUUGCGCCUCUGCCUCCCAGGCCAAACCAUGUCAUGACCACUGAAAAGUCGGUCGACGAUCUUCCUUGGCAGUUCAACAGGUGGAAGGAGAUCAUGCCAGACUGGGAGAUCAAGUAUUUCGACGACAAGGCUCUGAAAGAUUGGGUCAAUGGGAUGUUUGGUAAUACCAAGGCUUCAAAGAUCUGGGAGACCCUUCCGAGGCAGGUCCUCAAAACAGACGUUUUCAGAUACAUGGCCAUGUUGGUUGAAGGAGGCAUUUAUACAGACAGUGACACUGCUCCCAUCAUCCAUGCCGACCAAUGGGGCCACCCAUACAACCACAAGACGUCCCCGCUCCUCACCCACCUCGCCCGUAUACUAUCCAUCUCCACCUCCCCCCACCUCCCCUCGUCUCACCCUCUUUCGUCCUUCUCUCCCGAGCACGCUAGUGAAAAUGUCGACGAAGAACUCGGCGCAAACCUGCCCAGCGGCAAGUCGGCCAUCUACGACGGUCCUCUUGUCGAUGAUGGCGCUGAGCUCGGUCCUCCUUCUUUGGUCGUCAGUGUUGAAUCAGACGCCGUUGAAUUUGGAUGGAAGAACUGGCGAGAGGUCGGUUUGAGCCGAGCUGUGCAGAUCACUCAGUGGACAUUCAUGGCGCGCCCGGGACAUCCCGUCUUUCUCGAUGCCUUGGGUCGGACCCUACGCAAGUCUGAGGAGAUGGCUGCCAAGGUGGCGGAAGCAAAGAAGACGGGUGAAGAGUUUAUCCCAGAGACAGCUCUCGAGUGGACAGGACCAGGAGUCUUCUCUGACUGUGUGUACCGCUACUUGAUAUCCAGAUACGGCUUCAAACCGGACGAUCUCAUCCACACAAAAGAUCCCAUACGCGUUGGAGAUGUCUUGAUCUUACCGGCUGGGUCAUAUUCCAGUGUCAGUCCUUUCGGCGACGAGACGCAGAGGAAUUGGGCUGCAAGCUGGCACGGCUUUUUCGGUCGAUGGCGAGGAGCUGAUCCAGCGGUUCAAGAGUUUGAAAGACUCAAAAAGCUAAAGAAGGAGGCCGAAGAAGCGGAGAAGAAGGCCAAGGAACAAGUAGAAGAAGCGGAGAAGAAGGCGCAGGAAGCGACGGAUAGGGCAAAGGCUGUCAAGGCCGAAGAACAGACCGCCAAGGAAGUUGUGAGCGAGGGCGACGGGCAAGUAGAUCAGGAGAGUUCGGAGAUGAAGAAGGAAGAGGAGAUGUUGGCGAAAGAAAGCUCGAGAAGCGUCCGGGACGAUUGAGAGACAUAGACGACAGACGCCUUGAACGUAGUAACGUACUCACGUAUCUCAAUAGACGACUUGCA